AUAUAUUUAUACAGGAACAUUUUCUGUUAAAGAUAAUAUUAGUCUUAUUGCCAUUUUUAUUGCUGCUAACAAGAUUGAAUUAUUUGAAAUUAGUCAACUAGUUAAAAAUGUUUGCUUGAAUUUGAAUUGGCUUAAAAAUUUCUAA